UCUUUUCUUUCUUUCUUUUUUCUUCCUUUUCUUUAUACACUACCACUACAAACAAUUAUUGAAUCUUUUUUUCUUAAAAAAAAUUCAAAAAUGAAUACUCAACAACAAAGCAAUUCAAACAAUAAUAUAAAUCGAAAUGAUAAUGAUAAUGCUAAUGUUUCGGUAGAAUUUCAAGUCACACAUGAUCCAUUGGAUCAUGCUGAAAGCACAAGUCAGUUCGAUUUAAGAAUUGGAGAUGAAAUCGAAAUCAAUGAUGACUUCAAUUGGCUUUCAAAUCAUACAAAUAAUCGUAAUGCAGAGUGGCGUUCAAGCCCUCUGCCACCAGUUCGUAUCAAUUUUGAACGUGCACGAAGUGUACCCAAUGUACACGAAUACUCUGGGAAUGUUUCCUAUAAUGAUGCACGCUCCCAGUCAGAUUCCAAUAUAUACUCAUAUCAAAGAUCACAAUCAUUUCAAGAUUGUGGAAUGUUUGUUAAUGUCAGUAUACCUGACAUGAUGCAACAAUUCGGAGAUUAUUCAAACUCCGACGUAUAUGAAAGACCGGUGAGCGUGCCACCGGCACCGAUCCAUUCUGAUUCUUUAGAACAUGAUGACUAAUCAUGUAAAUUUACUUUUUCUAUGUUUAUAUUAUUUUUUUAUUAAACUUUAUUCAUUUCUUUAUAAGUUUGUUGCUUA